GACCACCCGAGACACCUCGCAGCUCCAAGCCAUGACAGUGCCGCAAUGAGCAACCUGACUUAUGAAUGCCAGGCUCGUCCGAGUUGUGCCAUGUUCUCCAGACGAAUCUGGAGUCCAAGAGAGAGCGACGGACAUAGUGCAGUUCACAGCUGCGAUCUACUUUGUGGAGGAGAGCGAAGGGUUCCUCACCAUCGAUAUCAUGCGAUUGGGCUCCAUGAGGAACACCAUUCAGGUGAGCUACCACACCGAAGACGGUUCUGCAAAGGCUGGCAGCCAAUACAAGGCAACACGUGGAGACGUGGUCUUCAAGGAAAAUGAGUUCCGGCAGUCUAUUCAGAUUCAAGUCAUUGCAAGCCCGUAUUGGGCUCCAACGCUCGAAUUUAAAGUCCGGCUUUGUGAUCCAGAAAAUUGCAGUUUGGGCAAUUAUCUUCACUCCUGCCGGGUCAAAGUCAUCGAUUCCGAUACUUUCCCUUCAAGCAAGUACAAGAGCUUAUUGAUGCAAGGUGAGGAAGGAGUGCGACAGAUUCGUUCUGCAUUUCUAUUCUGGCAAUACUGGAAACUUUGUUUCUUUGAAGUGCCAGGGGUUCGUUGGCGUACUUUACUCACCCUUAUUCUCGACCAGAUCCGGAAUGCCUAUCGUUUUUUGGUUCUUGUUCUGAAUAUCUACCUGGUGGAUGUCCUUUUCAACAAGCAGGAGAGACUUAUAGUUUCCAACCGCAGCGAUACUGCGAUGAUCAUCGGGGGGGCAUUGGUGGCCCCUAUGUUUGUCGUCCACCUGGCUGCGCUUAUUAAGACAAAGAUGGACCUGGCAGGGCACCUGCGCUUAUUCCUACAAAGCAGUCUGUUCCGCAAGUAUUUGAACUACAG